AUGAAACGACUUGUGAGGCUUCGUAAGGAUGCGGCGUCGGACGAUGGAGAGAGUGUUUGCGAACACGUGGGGGGGGAAUAUUUCGUCCGGAAGAUCUUGCCAGGUUGGAGGGUGACCAACAGGUCGUCGGGCGAGCUGUCAGGCAGCACGCGGCCACAGUGCGAGUACCACAAGCUUUCUGUCGAGUCCGGAUUUUCGGACACUGCUGAGGCUAGUAUCCUACACCUGGCGGACAAGAUGGGUGCUGGAGGCAGCUGGCCAUACCCCGAGUGGGUGUCAAACACAAUCUCCAGUCAUGCGGAUUUGUCCAUCGAGACACUGGAACAGCCUGCAGAAGUGAAGGAUUUCCUGGCCUCGUCCGCGGAGACUGUCGGUCAUACACGGGAAGUCGACCAAAUUUGGGACGGGAUUGUGACGGAGCAUACACGGUGGCUUGACGAGUACGGGCUGUGGGUGUCGGGACCCAAAGUCUCCUGCUCGAAGGAUUCGCCACCCAAACCGGAAAUGAGUGUGCAGACGACAAAGGCGAACGAGGCCGAAAGCGCGAUCGACGAUUCAGGCGACGGAGCGGAUGGCGAUUGGAAUUCGUGGUCAACAGGUAUCAGAUACGUCAGGUGA